AUCUCUUUCCAAAUUUUUAUCCUAACAUUCUUUUUGGAACAAAAGACAGACCGGAAUUGCAAGUUUUUGUCAAACAUCUCCCACAACACAAACAUCAUCAUCUCCAACUCAUAUUGUAUUGUCACCGCUUCUCACAUCGACCGUUCGAUUCUUUCCAUUCAAUUUCUCCGAUCCAUCAUUUUCAGGUUCUUCUCUUCUUACAUUCAUUCAUUCGCCAGAUCUUUCUUCAUCAUUUUGAUUUUCACCCCCUCACACAGAUCUUGCACAAACCCUCUUUUUUCUUCCUUAUUCUGAUUCUGCCACGUCAUUAUUAUUAUUAUUAUUAUCUAAACCCUAUUCAUCAAUUCUAUUGUUACUACUAGUUUUGUAACAGAAAAUAAAAUCCAACUUAAUUGGUUUAUGUAGCAGCAAUAAUAAUAACAAUAAUUGUUGUGUGUUGUGUUUUGCAAUUUUUUUUUUGUGAUAAGAGAUAUGAGUAGGUCUCCUUCGUUUCGAGUGAAAACCGAAGUGAGUCCAAAUGUUGAUUCAGAAUCACUCAAACAAUGGGUUAUUGCAUUUUGCACCAUUAGAUUCGAUCUCGAACAAGGUCAACUUGUUGAAGAAUGUUAUCCACAAGGUGUUCUUUCUCAUGAUCAGGAGCUUGAAAUUGCUUAUAGUUCAUUCCCUGAUUCGGUUUCUCAGCAUCAGAAUCGGUCCAGCAUUCAUGAUUGUAUUUUCUUUUUCAGAAUUUGCAGGCAAAGUUUUAAACCUCGAAUAGGUAAUGCCAUUGGUAGUUCGCACGAGGGUAGAAAGGUGGAUUCUUCCGAAUAUUUGUAUGGUUAUGUUUUUAAUAGACAGAGACAUGAUGAGAGACUUAAACGCGGUGGUGAACAGAAAUCUGUUGUGAUUUUAUCUCAUUGUCCUUAUUCUAGUGUUUUUAGACCGUUGUUACAAAUUGUAGGUCCGUUGUUUUUCGAUAUUGGUAAGAAAGCACUCGAGCAUAUUGCUGCUUAUGUUUCAAAAUGGCCGCCUCCUGUUCCUGGUCAGGUAAUGGAUCUUCCUAUCGGAAAUGCAACGCUUAAAGUCAGCUUACCGCCGGCACUUAGUUUGCCUCUGGAAAGUGGACUGCCUUUAGAAGAGUCUGCUGUGCCUUUCCUUGCAAACAACAAUAAUCAGUCUGUCGUGCAGGGUCUUUUUCAUGAUUCGGAUGUUUUUGGGUCUUUUCGUGGACUUUUAUUGCAGCUUUGGUUGUUAUGGGAGUUGUUGCUUAUCGGAGAACCAAUGCUGAUCAUUGCCCCCACGCCGCCACAAUGUUGCGAGGCUGUUGCUAGUCUUGUGAGUUUGGUUGCUCCGUUGCUUUGUAGUGUUGACUUUAGGCCUUAUUUUACCAUUCAUGAUCCUGUUUUUGCACGACUAAACUCGAUUCAAGAAGGUGAAUCUUUCCCACCAAUGAUAUUAGGUGUGACAAACCUUUUCUUCCUCAAAGCCCUUCGUAACAUUCCACAUAUUGUCUCGGUUGGAAGCCCUCCUCCUAAUUCGAACCGACUUCCUCUAUCGAGCAGGUCCUCUACUGGCAGAGUUUCUGGUAAACCUGAAGGUCUUGGGAUUCAACAACUGUCUCUAAGGAAAUUUUCUCCUUCAAGUUUAUUGAAUGCAGUUAAGAUGCGAAGAGACGGUCCUCUUUGUUUAAUGACCGAACAUAAGGAAGCCAUUUGGAGUACUUAUUCUGCUACGACUAAGCCAGAUACUUCUAUAUUAAAUAGGCUUAUAGAUGCUGGGUUGUCACCAAGAGUUGAGGAGUCAAUGUCUGUUGUGAACAAUGAGAUAUUACGGCGACAUUUUAUAGAGCUCACUACUAAUUUUUUGGCACCCUUUUCCCCAUAUUUUAGGACUACAAUGCCAUUAGAAGGAUCUUCUCCUUACACAGACCCUCCUUCUCUACCUCCAUUUGAUGCCAAUGAGUUUCUUGCUAGUUUAUCUGCAAGAGGUCCAGGGAAGUUCAUUUUAAAGCGAAUGAAAUCUAACUGGCUUGACUUAUAUAGGCGAUUCCUGAAUGGACCUAACUUUAUGCCAUGGUUUCAAAGACGGCGUGCUGUUUCUGUGCAAGAGCAAGAGAGAUUGUGGAGGCAAGCAAGAAUAAAAACUGACAUACAUCAGCUUAUUUCUAAAUUUUCUGAGGUUGAAAUUGUGGAUUCCUUCAAUGUUAUAGAGAGGCUUCUCCUCAAAGAAAUGCAGAUGCAGCAAUCUGGAAAGGGCGGUGUUGAUUCGAUGGUUACAAGUCAGAAAUUAAGGGGAGACCUCCAAGCAGUUUUCAAUGUACUUUCAAAGGACAUGCAACAAAUUAUGCUUUCGAAUCCCCAAAGGGCAUCUCUUCUUGAUGAAAGUCCACUGAUACAAGUUGAAGUUGCGUCUUCUACGUCACCACCGAGGUAAUGGAGAAAAUCACGAAGCAAGUGUUCUUGCUUUCUAGGAUCUUCUCAUGUUGAAGGACAGAUUAAUUCAUACACUUGCAUCCAUCUCAUUGAGAGAAGUUCUUUGAUUCACGAUGGUCGUUUGAGCUGUUCAAUAACCGCAACUUAUACCAGUUGAAGCAGCCGGUGUGGUAUACCUUCUCUCUCGGCAAACAUGCAACGAAAUUCCUCUUUCUAUUGAGUUUAUGUUUUGUUGAUUGCCUUUGUUGGCAGAGAUUGAUUGUAGCAUCAUGUUGUUUAUAUUCUGAAAAAUCGAGCUGUAAAUUAUGGCGUCACAUUCUUUAUGAUUUUUUUAUAAGGUUUCUUGUAGUUACACCCUAUUAUGAACUUCGAGUUCCACCCCACGAAGAAUGAAAGUACCCCCAUCAAAAUUUUCUUCC